AUGGCAAGUGGCACCGAUAUUGAUACACUGAAAGCCUGUAGAGAUCUUGUAGAGUGGGCUACAGGGACUGCUGGAACGCCUGGCAGAAUAUAUGAACACGAAGGAAGUUCUUUAGAAGAUGCUGGUGGUAACGUUCCAACAGACGAACGUUAUAGCAACAGUGCAUCGAGUGACUCGACGAACUACGUCGCCAUCAUCCGUGGUUGGAUAUAUCCAUCCAACGCACCACCUUUUAAUGGACAAAGGCUUCCAAUAGAAAUACGCGUGCCAGAUGGGUAUCCUGCUGAACCGCCCGAAGUAUACAUGAGAAUUCAACUUCGUCAUCCGAACAUUGAGAAAAAUGGCCAGAUAUGCACUGAAUUGCUUGAUCCAGAAACAGAAUAUGAAGAUAUGUCGCUGAUCGAAGUUGUGCAGCUGGUGGUAAAACUUAUGAAAGAGCCCGAAACUGAUAGUGGAGUUGAUACUGAGGCGCUCUGUUUGUAUGAAGAAGAUCAAUCCACAUACAACCAAAACAUAACGGCAGCAGUGAUGGCGCAGGUACAACGUUAA